AACAGACCGAGGCGCACAUUUGCGGAUUGUCUUGCGCGCGUUCUUGCAAUAAAGACAAACCGAUCGGGUUUUGUAUCACAAGAACUGAGUUGUUGCACAGCGCCUUGGUUAAACCUACAAAAUACUUCAAUUAGAUGGAGCAUAUACACGAGAAGAACUACGCUAGUUUCAGUCCUUCUCAAAGAAAUAUGACAGGAAACAGCUUCAGCUAUAAAGAUUUACUUAGCUGUUUGUUCGACAAGAAUAGUAUUCGACCCAUUAACAUCGGACAGGCAGUGGUAACGGAACAAAAAGAUUGCUUCUGGUGUAACGCAAGUUUAGUAGAAUCAAAGUUUCAAUGUCCUCAACACAAAUUAGAGAGCCCUGGCAUGAAGCAAAAAAAUCAAUUACCACUUGCAAUAAGAUCACUUCCGCCGGAAGUUGGCCUGUGUCGGUCCGGCAUUCCCGGGCCAGGAUAUGGGGUGUGUGCCAAGCGAACAAUACCUAUUGGUGCGUGGAUUGGGCCCUAUGAAGGAAAGUUUGUGAAGCCCGAGGAAAUGUCUCCUACUGCUGACACAUCUUACAUGUGGGAGAUCUACAGAGACGACAUACUAGCAGGAUACAUUGAUGGUAGUGAUGAAAAUUAUUCCAGCUGGAUGCGUUUUAUCCGCAGUGCACGACACAAAGGAGAACAAAACAUGUUUGCUUUCCAAUACCUGGGUAAGGUGUUUUAUCGCACAUUCAAGACCAUCCAGCCAGGAGAAGAAAUGCUGGUGUGGUACGAUGACAAAUAUCCACAGUACCUUGGUAUCCCCUCUACUAUGUUUGACAUGGGUGCUGUCAUACCAAGUGGUGCUAGCUCUCAAUCUGAUGAAGUGAUUGUUGUCUCUCCACACGCAACAAACCAGCAGUUCGACCCCAGUCCACAAAGUUCAUUCUUUCCCAGUCCUCCUCCUUCGCCUGUUUCUCAUCCUAGGAGCCAAUUUGGAUAUAAUCCAGUUUCUCGAAAAGGAAAGCGCUCUCCUAUACGUAAAACCUGCGUUGAAAAGCUUCCCUCUCCUAAGAAGCAAGGCAAGAUGAAACUUGUGUCAAACAUGAAGUCCGUCUUUGAGAAUGGUUUUAGUCUGCUGAAAGGGAAUAGGGCUGAUGAAGUAACAGAGGCAAAGCCAGAGCGUUCUGAAUUAUUUAAAUCCCUCUCAUUGCCAAGAGAUGAAUUAAAUUUUGCUGAAAAGGCGACAGCAAUAGUAAAUCACAAAUCCAGGGCUACAGAGCUUAGCGUAAGGACAGCUCCAACUUUUCCAGAAAUGUCUGUGAACCAGAAAGCAAUUGGUACCCAGGUUCCACCAAAUCCUUACCAGUGCGGUCACUGCCCAGCCCAUUUUAACAAUGUCUGUGAAUUGCGAGCGCAUGCUGUCAUCCAUGUCAACAAGAAACCCUUCAAGUGCGGAUACUGCUCACGAUCUUUCACUGGGGCAACCACUUUGAACAAUCACAUUCGAUCUCAUGUUGGAGGCCGAUUACUGGCCACUAGAAAACGUGUUCUCCAGGGUGAGAAAAAAAAGCAGGACUUCGUGUCACAUCAAAUGCACAGCUCCAACGAUUGUUAG